CAGUGGGUUGCGGUCGGUUCAGGUCAGGCACAGCGGCACGUUUUGUAACGGUGCGUCAAACUUAGUCCAAAGAUUUGUUUGUCUCGAAAAAUUAUUUAAUUAAAAAUGUCCGGGGACUCGUGGUCUGUGGCAGUCGAAAUACAAGAAGCUACAAAGUCAGCCACUCAGUUUGACUUCUCAAAGAAAGUGGAUAAAGUGCCUUUUAUCCGCAGGAAAAUUGGAGACAUAAAUGGCAACAUCGUGCCGGGGAAGAGAACUGAAAAUGGAGGCUGGGUAGAAGACGGGGAGAAAGUGGACCUGGCUGAGCAGUCCCUGCUGAAUAAGCUGAUCCGCCGCUCUCUGGUGAAGAACAGGAACCAGGUGGAGGUGCUUCAGGCGGACCCCACCUCUCCCCUGUACUCCGUGAAGACGUUUGAGGAGCUGAGACUGAAACCAGAGCUGCUGCAGGGUGUGUACAACAUGGGUUUCAACAGACCAUCCAGAAUCCAGGAGAAUGCUUUGCCCAUGAUGCUGGCACGGCCGCCUCAGAAUCUGAUUGCUCAGUCACAGUCUGGCACAGGUAAAACUGCAGCUUUUUCUCUGGCUCUGCUCAGCCAUGUAAACCCUGCCAAUAAGUGGACGCAGUGCCUUUGUAUCUCACCAACAUAUGAGCUUGCACUGCAGAUUGGUCAAGUAAUUGAGCAAAUGGGGAAGUUUUGUCCCGAGGUGAAACUUGCAUAUGCUGUUCGGGGAAACAGAAUGGAGCGAGGAAUUAAGCUGCACGAGCACAUUGUCAUUGGAACCCCGGGAACAGUCCUGGACUGGUGCACCAAAUACAAGCUCAUUGACCCCAAGAAGAUUACUAUGUUUGUGCUGGACGAGGCUGAUGUGAUGAUUGCCACGCAGGGACAUCGGGACCAGAGCAUCCGAAUCCACAGAGAGUUGACAAAGGACUGUCAGAUGCUCCUUUUCUCUGCGACCUUUGAGGACUCUGUGUUGAGGUUUGCAGAGAAAGUGGUCCCAGACCCCAAUAUCAUCAAGCUGAAGCGGGAGGAGGAGACACUGGACACCAUCAAACAGUUCUACGUGCUCUGCAAAGACAAGGACGAUAAGUUCACGGCUCUCUGCAACCUGUAUGGGAGCCUCACCAUUGCACAGGCCAUGAUCUUCUGCCACACUCGCAAGUUGUCCGCUUGGCUGGCUGCACAGCUGAAUGAAGAGGGCCACCAGGUGGCGUUGCUAACUGGUGAAAUGACCGUAGAGCAGAGAGCAGCUGUCAUUGAACGUUUUAGGAAUGGCAAGGAGAAGGUGCUGGUGACCACAAAUGUUUGUUCCAGAGGUAUCGAUGUGGAGCAGGUCUCACUGGUGGUCAACUUCGACCUCCCGGUGGACCUGGAUGGGAACGCGGACAACGAGACGUACCUUCACCGGAUUGGACGCACAGGGCGCUUUGGCAGACGUGGGUUUGCUGUCAACAUGGUGGACAGCAAACACAGUAUGGAUAUUAUCAACCAAAUUGAGAUGCACUUCAACCGUAAAAUCACAAAACUUGACGCCUACAAUCUUGAAGCAAUGGAGAAACUGCUGAGCUGAAUUCUCUGACAAAUGCACUGCUCAUUACAAUGUGACUUGAGUUCUUUGAAGAGUUUGUUACUUGCACUUUACUGAUGAGUGAUUUUUUUUUUGAAAUUUUGUUUUGCAAUUAUUGCCAAAUUGUAUCACAUUUAAUGUGAAACAUUAAGAAACGUGUUGGUUUGCAGUGUUGUAUUAAGGUUCUGUGUGCACUUUGUUUUGUUAAUAGAUUUUUCAGAGUGGUAUCAAAAGUUGUCUUGACUUUUUUCAACCGUCGUCAUUUUGUUUGGGGUUGUGGACACGUUCUUAUCCUUCCAGAAAUAUUUUUCUGGCUUGAGUGAGUUAGAAUAAUAAUAAAGAAAUUGAUUGUGCA